AUGGGCAAAAAUGAAUUUUACUCACUUAAUUUGUAUUCCAUUUCACUCGAUAAUGCUAUCUAUACUAUUCCUAUAAUGUAUAAUUCAAUUCUGGAAUUUAAGUUUGCUAUUAUGGUUGAAACUGCAGGAACUACUGCACCAACAUCAGAUAAUCAGUCUUUGGAUAAAUGCGGACUGGAUGGGCAAACAUGUCAUCAUCAUGCCAAAUGCAUCAUGAUAAAUAACUUGCCAUCUAAAACAUCAAUAUUUACUUGCGAAUGCCGACUUGGAUUUAUCGGGAAUGGCACAUGGUGUCAAGAUAUCGACGAAUGCAAAACAAAGCCAUCCAUAUGCCCAUAUGAAUAUCAAGAAUGUGUCAAUACAUUAGGAUCAUAUCGGUGUCAGUGUGAUGAACUAAGAAGAAAUGGUAGUUAUUACAGCCAUAAUUGCUCAAAAUGUGCCUUGGAAUGUGAAAAUGGCAAAAUAUGCAUGGUGCAUAAUAUAACAACUGCCUUUUGCAUGUGCUUGCCUGGAUCGGACUGCUUAGGUCCUUCGAGGAAAAAAUUUGCUGCAACGGCUGGAGUAAUUAUUGGCUGCGUUGCCGCUGGAAUUGCCGUAGCCUCAGUUUUAUUUUUUUGCUACCUAAGAUGGAAGAGUCGACGAAGAGAAGCAGAGGAGCAAAAAUGGCAAGAAGGAAACGAAAUUAAAAAUAAUGGAGAAGAGAAUAAAGAAAAAUCGAUGAAUAAUAUUUCUGAAGCGUAA